GCGCAAAUCACAGGUGUUGUCCUAUUGUGCAGAAUCCUUCCUCCUGAUUGAUCCUCCCUCGUUCUGUCUGUUACAUAUCAGGAGCAGCUGGAACAGUGAGAGGCUCAUAUGCUUCCCAACCCUGACUUAAGCUUUCUUGUUCCACCUACUGGGCUGCUCCUGAGUUAUGUAAUAUAAUACUAGCAUGCCUGGCUCUUUAGGUAUCUUGCAUUUCUCUGGGCUCCAGCCACCCGACACAACACCUUAAAACACCAGGCUCCAUGGAAAUUUUAUUUUUUUGAACUUCAUUUUCUUAUCAGAGUAGGACAUUUGCCAAGUUCUUCAUUUUUAUUGGUGAAAUUUUUAUUAUUGGCCUGAAAAGCUGUUUCCAAUACAUGCUUUCUCACAUGUUUAUCACAACCGGAAUGGCAAAUCCCUGUAUACUUACAAAGCAACGGCUCCAAGGCUUUCAGGCUUGGAGACUUCCAUACAUGCAACAUGUUAGUUACUUAUGACAAAGUCAGAUUUAGUUUUAUUAAUAUUUAUUUAAGGUUUACAGUCCUAGCACAGUCAUAGGGGCUCAUACGAAACAAAACAAAAACAACGGAAAGCUCUAGCAAUGUUUUGGGAGCAUUAGCCUCUUUCUUGAUAAGUUUCAAUUCUGUGGCUGGCGAUUCUAUGAAGAAGACAAUGAAGAUUUUUGACCGCGUCAAGCAUAAGGAUAUUCCUAAGAACACCUGGAAAUGGCAUAUUCAGGACCCAGCAAGUCAGCUGCUAACGUGGAACAAGCCUCCCAAAAGCGUAUUGGUGAUAAAGAAAAUCAGAGAUGCCAGCCUGCUGAAGCCCUUUAAAGAGCUGUGUGUUUUUCUCACAGAGGAGAAAAACAUGAUUGUUUAUGUGGAAAAAAAAGUCCUUGAAGAUCCCGCUAUUGCUAAUGAUGAAAACUUUGGACCAGUGAAAAAGAGAUUUUGCACAUUUAGAGAAGAUUACGAUGAUAUAUCCAAUCAAAUUGACUUCAUUAUUUGCCUUGGAGGGGACGGGACUUUACUCUAUGCAUCAUCGCUCUUUCAGGAUAGUGUUCCUCCGGUGAUGGCGUUUCAUUUGGGAUCACUGGGUUUCCUCACCCCCUUUAACUUUGAUAACUUCCAAACUCAAGUCACUCAGGUUAUAGAAGGUAACGCCGCUCUUGUACUACGCAGCAGGUUAAAAGUAAAAGUGGCCAAAGAGCACAGAGACAAGAAAACUGCAGUACAGAAUGGAGUGGAGGAAAAUGGCCUCAUAGUCAAAUCUGAAAAGGAACCAAUAAAGCAAACAAAAUAUCAGGUCCUCAAUGAAGUGGUAGUAGACAGAGGUCCUUCCUCAUAUCUCUCCAAUGUCGAUGUCUUUCUAGACGGGCACCUUAUAACUACAGUGCAAGGGGAUGGGGUCAUUGUGUCUACACCUACUGGCAGUACUGCAUAUGCAGCAGCAGCUGGAGCCUCCAUGAUCCACCCCAAUGUCCCAGCAAUUAUGAUCACCCCCAUCUGUCCUCACUCCCUCUCCUUCCGACCAAUUGUGGUCCCUGCUGGAGUCGAGCUCAAGAUCAUGCUAUCCCCUGAUGCACGAAACACUGCUUGGGUAUCAUUCGAUGGGAGGAAAAGACAAGAAGUCUGCCAUGGAGACAGCAUUAGCAUCACUACCUCAUGUUACCCCGUCCCUUCCAUCUGUUUUCGGGACCCGGUGAACGACUGGUUUGACAGCUUGGCUGAGUGCUUACAUUGGAACGUGCGGAAGAAGCAAAACCAUUUCACAGAAGAUGAGGAAGAGGAAGAGGGGGACUUCUAAGGAUUUCCAUGCAUUGGAGCCCUCAGUGAACAUGCAGUUUCUACUCCCAUUUACAGCAGCCGCUCCACGUAACUGCUCCGCUCACGGACAAUAGACCAAAACAGACUGAAGCCCUUAUGGGGAAAUACCAGCUGCAAAGUACUGGUCUUACUUCUAACCAGCUUCCUCGGUUUCUCAAACUAGUGAUAUCUUAAAUAUUUUAAAAGCAGAAAUUUAUAAUUAUUUCAUAUAAAAGUCAAAUUUAAAAUAUUAACCGACUCGCCGCCAGCAGUGCUUAACGUGAAGUUUAGCAGUUUUUCACUGGUGGCAAACGGGGGGGGGGGGUUUUGUAUCGUUGUUUACAUUUUAUAAAUAUACGUCCCAUGCCUGGUAAAUCUUAAAUGUAUUUUAUUCUCCCUUUUCUCUAUGUCUGUUUUAUGAAAUGCGUGGCUUGGAUGGGGCAAACAUA